AUGAUCACUUUACUAUCAAGCAUUCUUACCUUCCUACUAAUGGCAGAAUUUGUUCUAGGAAAUUUUGCCAAUGGCUUCAUCGUGCUGGUGAACUACAAUGACUGGGUCAAGACACGAAAGUUCUCCUUAGCAGAUCAAAUGAUCGUGGCUUUGGCCAUCUCCAGGAUUGGUUUUUUCUGUGUAUUAUUAAUAGUUUGGUAUACAGUGUUUUUUGAUGUAUCUUCAUAUAGUUUAGAAGUAUUCAUUUUUAUUAGUAUGACUUGGGUUGUAAGCUACCAUUCUAGCAUCUGGCUUGCAACCAGCCUUAGCAUAUUCUAUUUGCUCAAGAUCGCCAAUUUUUCUAACCUCCUAUUUCUUUACUUGAAGAGAAGAGUUAAAAGAGUAGUUCUCAUAAUACUCAUGGGCAGUUUGGUGAUUUUCAUGUUUAAUCUUCCACUGGCAAUCUUGGAUGAGAAUGUGUGGGUCAAUCAACAUCGUGGGAACAGGACAGUGAGGAGCAAGAGGGAGAAAAUUAUUCGCCUUUCCAAUAUGUCUGUCUUCACUCUGACAACCUUCACAGCCUUCACGAUGUCCCUGACUUCAUUUGUGUUGCUGAUUUUUUCCCUGUGGAAACAUCUCAGGAACAUGCAAGCAGAGGGCAAAGAAUCCCAGGAUCCCAGCACCGAGGUCCACAUCAGAGCCAUCAAAACGAUGACUUCCUACCUCCUGCUGUUGGCUUGUUACUUUGUGUCUCUACUCAUCCCAGUUUGGAGUUCUAACAGGAUGCGGAACAGAACCAUCCUCCUAGUCUUCCAGAGUUCUUUAGGACUGUAUCCUUCAAUCCACUCAUUUUUCUUAAUUUGGGGAAAUAAGAAGCUGCAACAGUCUUUUCUUUCCUUUUUGUGUCAGCUGAGGUUGAGGCUGAAGGAAAGGAAGAGGACAUUGUUUGCCUCAUGUAGGAAACAAACUGAUGAGUCUCCUACCUUAUCUAGUUCUACUGCUUUCUCAAUGCGUAUAUAA